UGCAAAAACAAGACUCGGAAAGUCUCGCGCGGGUGGGUGGACGAUAAGUUGUUUACCCGGAAGUUUCUGAGCACGCUUGGAGUCUGAGCUAGGGGAGCUGGUUUGGGUGUCUCUUGCAAGGGGGAGAUUCUGCCAGGGGACUGAAUGGAGACUGCGGCGGCGACGACUUGGGUACAGUCUGCUAAAGCUAUCAAACCAAUAGACCAUAGAUCUGUCCACCAAAUCUGUUCAGGACAGGUGGUGCUGAAUCUGUCUACUGCAGUGAAAGAACUGGUGGAAAAUAGCAUAGAUGCUGGUGCUACCAGUGUUGAAGUGAAACUUAAAGAUUAUGGAGCAGAACUUAUUGAAGUUUCUGAUAACGGUUGCGGUGUAGAAGAAGAGAACUUUGCAGGCUUGACUCUGAAACAUCAUACUUCCAAGAUACAAGAGUUCUCUGACCUUACUUACGUUGAAACGUUUGGCUUUCGAGGUGAAGCUCUGAGUUCUCUGUGUGCGUUAAGUGACAUUUCCAUUAUUACUUGUCAUAAGUCUGCAAAGGUUGGAACACGCCUGGUAUUUGACCACAGUGGGAAAAUCACUUUAAGAACCCCCUAUCCUCGACAGCAGGGAAUGACUGUCAUUGUGCAGCAACUAUUUUAUACCUUGCCGGUACGACAUAAAGAGUUUCAGCGCAACAUAAAGAAGGAGUAUGCAAAAAUGGUUCAGGUAUUACAAGCGUACUGCAUCAUUUCCACAGGAGUUCGAAUUAAUUGCACCAAUCAAGUUGGCCAAGGGAAGAAGCAACCUGUGGUAUGCACCAGUGGGAGCUGUACCUUAAAAGAAAACAUUGGAGCAGUAUUUGGACAAAAGCAGGUUCAAAGUGUGGUUCCUUUUGUUCAGUUGCCUCCUAGUGAUGCUGUCUCUGAAGAAUAUGGUGUAAAUCCUUCUGAUAUGCCAACCAAACUUUAUACUAUCACAGGGUUUGUUUCCCGUUGUGAUCAUGGCAUUGGAAGGAGUUCCACGGACAGGCAGUUCUUCUUUAUCAACCAGCGCCCAUGUGAUCCAACCAAGGUUUCCAAAGUUGUGAAUGAAGUGUACCACAUGUACAAUAGACACCAGUAUCCGUUCAUUGUUCUUAACAUAUGUGCAGAUUCCGAAUGUGUUGACAUCAAUGUGACACCCGACAAAAGGCAAAUAUUGCUGCAGGAAGAGAAACUUUUAUUAGUGAUUCUAAAAACUUCAAUGAUGGGAAUGUUUGGCAGUGAUGUCAACAAACUUAUCAUCAAUCAGAUUUUGCCAGAUGUUAAAGAAAACUUCAAAAAAGCCCUUCAAGAAGAGGCAGAAACACCUGCCUUGGAAAUGCCGUGUGGCUCCUUACCUCAGAAUCUGAGCAGAAAAGAGCAAACAGCAGUGACUGUAGCCAAACUUAGGGAGUCCUUUUCCCUCCAUCAAAUAAAAAAGACCACUUUUCAGGGUUCCAAAAAUAUCAAGAGACAACAAGGGUCUCCUGCGCAGAGAGAACCCCAGACUUUCUUCAACGUUUUGUGUUCUACAGAUAGGAAGACUGGCUUGACCAAAGUGGUUAAGUGUGGAAGUGAGGAGGAUUCAAGCAAAAAUCUCAAGAAAUCAGCAGAAGAUACAGAUUCUGGUUGUGGUAGCAUCUCGACAGAGUUGGAUGUGGAUUUAAGCACUCCAGAAAUUGGUAGCUGUUUCAGCUGUGAAAGUGCAGCUAGCUCUCCUCCUGAAGAAUUCCAUGUUUCCAGAGAAAAAAUUCAAAGUUUUGGUCUUGAGACAAAUGGGCACUUCUGGGGAGCUGCAUACGAGUUGAACCAAAGCAAGGGGAGUGAGUUAUCCCAGCAGGCUAACAGUUCAUCCCCAAAAGUGAAACCUUUGAAGAUCAGCCCGUCUCUUUCCCAGGUGGCCAGUUCAUCAGAGACUAAGAACGAUCAGGGUCCUGCAGUUCUUUUACAGUAUGACAUACAUGUAGAAGUGAAAAAGAAAACUGUGCCACUAGAGUUCUCUAUGAACAUGCUGACGAACAGAGUAAAGAAGUUAAUUCUUCAACACAAGAAGAAUGAGGUGGUGCUGACGUAUAGGAAAUUUAGAGCAAAAAUUAGCCCAGGAGACAAUAAAACAGCAGAAGAUGAAUUAAGAAAAGAAAUAAGGAAAGAGAUGUUUGCUAAAAUGGACAUAAUUGGCCAGUUCAAUUUAGGAUUUGUAAUAGCCAAGCUGGACUCUGAUCUCUUCAUAAUUGAUCAACAUGCUUCAGAUGAGAAAUACAACUUUGAGAUGUUACAAGAGCACACUGUUCUACAAGGGCAGACGCUGAUCACGCCUCAGAAUCUUAAUUUAACUGCUGUAAGUGAAAGUAUUUUGAUGGAAAACAUGGACAUUUUCAGAAGAAAUGGAUUUGAUUUUGUUGUUAAUGAAGAUGCUCCUGUAACCCAAAGAGUUAAACUCAUUUCUUUACCAACAACCAAAAACUGGAUUUUUGGCCCACAAGAUAUAGAGGAGUUAAUCUUCAUGUUAAGCGACAGCCCUGGGGUAAUGUGCAGACCUUCCAGAGUGAGGCAGAUGUUUGCUUCUCGAGCAUGUAGAAAGUCUGUGAUGGUUGGAACAGCACUUAAUGUAAAUGAGAUGAAGAAACUGAUCACCCACAUGGGUGAAAUGGAGCAUCCGUGGAAUUGUCCUCAUGGAAGGCCUACCAUAAGGCAUAUAGCCAAUCUAGAUCUGAUUUCACAAGAAUAACAAGUGUUUAUUAAUUCUUGUUAGGAUAUUUGACCAUUUAGUUUAUUGCGAAUGCUAUGAAGACCUCUUUUAGGAUUCUAAUUUAUCAAGAAACUCAGUUUCUUCAGAGGAAAAGCUAUCAUUUCAUAAAAAUGCCAGGGAGACAGAUCCUCAAACAGACUAAACUGCUGAACAUAAAGUAUGUGUUGCUGAGGUUAUACUUGUCUCCUCUAUCCCCUACAAUGUGCUGAUCCUCACAUCUAUGCUAAUGUUGUAUUAUGAUGCUGUCAUAGAUCCAGUCUUUCCCCUUAUACCAGUCCAAAUAAUCUGCCAUUAAGUCCUUCUGUAAGAUCCUUUGCUGCUCUUUGUAGAAAAAACUGCCAGAUCUAGCAGGGCCCUCUUCUCUGGAUCUGGGGCUAGCUUGAGUGAAAAAGGGAUAGCCUUUGGUGAAAAUUUAAAUUUUGCUGUCCUUACUUUGUAUCUUGUAUGUACGAGGCAGGGAGAAAUUGUGUUUCUCCCUCCAAGGGUUUUCCCCCAUGGUGUUUUUUUCUGUUUCCUUGUAGGACCUACAGCAGGUGUGGGGACCCAUCAGCCUUUCAGAUGCUGCUGAACUACACCUCUCAUCUUUCCUGGUCUUUGACUGUGAUUGUUGGGGCUGAUGAGGAACUGUUGUUCAGUAACAUCUGGAGGGCUGAAGAGUUCCCCACACCUGACCUACAGUGUAAGUGAAUGAAGAGAAGAGGUGUAAUUUGGAGGAGUGAGAUGCAGUUGUCCCAAGAUUCUGGGAUGGUAGGAGGCAAUUGUAUUCUCCCCUUAAGGGUUUUCCAGAGUAGCCCAGCACUGCAACACAUUUUGACAACCUGAGAAACUACCUUUUCUGCCUGCUGGGUUGGGCAUGUUUUGCCCUGGUUAAACUGUUAAAAAAUGAUUUGCUGGGCAUUCAUAUUGGUGCAGCUUCACUGCGGUAGGUAACAUGCUAAAAACAAAUUUCUUUUAUCAAAUAGUCUGUGUAUGGAAGGAAUUACAUGCACAUACAUUUUUACCCUGGAUGAUCUCACAUUUUUAUAGUAUGUAUGUUUUAAAAAUAAAGAUUUUUUUUAUAAAUGAAA